AAUCAGCUUGCAUCCCAGAUUCAUAAUCCCAGCGUGAUCCCUCGCUCGAAGUAUAUAAUCUUCUCAUAAAAUUCUCUCCAUCAAAAACAAGGAGAGGCAAAUAAUGGCUGGUGGUGAUAGUACUCAACAGAGCUUAAGGAAAGUUCUUGGAGCAUUGAAAGACUCCACAACAGUUGGAUUGGCCAAAGUGAACAGCUAUUAUUACAAGGAUCUUGAUGUGGCAAUUAUCAAAGCCACCAAUCAUGUGGAGGAAUUGGCAAAGCAGAAACAUAUAAGAACUAUUUUUGAUGCUGUUUCAGCCACACGACCCCGUGCUGAUGUUGCAUAUUGCAUAAAUGCUCUUGCUAAACGACUUGCAAAAACACACAACUGGGCUGUUGCCAUAAAAAUCUUAAUUGUCAUACAUCGUGCUUUAAGAGAAGUUGAUCCAUCAUUUCGAGAGGAGCUUAUCAACUACACCAAGAGCAGUGGUCAUAUGCUUAACCUAUCACAUUUCAAAGAUGGCUCAAGUCUAAAUGCAUGGGAUUAUUCUGCUUGGGUUCGCACUUAUGCCCUAUAUCUGGAGGAGCGACUAGAAUGCUUCCGUGUACUGAAAUAUGAUAUUGAGACUGAACGCCGUCGAACUUCUGAACUUGACACCAUUGACUUGCUUGAACAUUUACCUGCUUUGCAACAGCUUCUCUUCCGACUCAUCUCUUGCCAGCCAGAAGGAGCAGCUGUAUACAACAAUGUAGUUCGAUAUGCACUUUCAAUUGUUGCUGGUGAAAGUGUAAAUAUAUACAAUGCAAUUAAUGAUGGCACCCUAAAUGUUGUUGACAAGUUCUUUGAAAUGCAGCGUCAUGAUGCUCUUAGGUCCCUUGAAAUUUAUCGGAAAGCAGGCUAUCAGGCAGAGUUGUUGUCUGAGUUCUAUGAAACCUGUAAGGGCCUUGAUCUUCGUCCAGGCCAAGAGUUUGUUAAAGUUGAACAGCCUCCUGCAUCAUUCAUCUCGGCCAUGGAAGAGUAUGUAAAGGAUGCCUCACGUUCCUUAACACUCCAAAGGCAUAUGGCUGAUGCUGAUUUAGAAAUAGCGCACCAGCCUAUCUUGGCCAUCGAACAGAAGAAAGAAAACGAUGAUCAAGAAAGACCAAAUUCUGAAGCAGCCUCAGUACCUCACGAACCACCUACAGUUGAACCUCCUCCUGCAGAAGCACUUGUUACUGAUUUACUGAGUUUAGAUGAUUUUGGCAAGUGUGCAGAUGCGCUUGAGGAGAAAAAUGCCUUUGCUCUUGCCAUUGUUACUGAUGGUGGAAGCAACUCUACAAAUGCUAUGGUAGCUUCUGAUCUUGCAAGUGAUACUUCUGGGUGGGAGCUUGCACUCGUUGGUGCUGCUAGUUCCACCGAAAGUUCUGCUAUAGAGGUUAAACUGGCUUGUGAGAUAGACCAACUAACAUUAGAUAGUUUAUACGAUGAUGCGAUAGCCAGAAGUGCUAACCAAAAUGGGAGCUACCACAUGGGGCAGGUGGCCCCAAAUCCGUUCGAGACUCUUCCAUAUCCUCAAGAUCCUUUCUAUGCCUCCAAUAGCGUAGCACCAUCCGCAAAUGUGCAGAUGUCUGCUAUGGCCAAGCAACAAUCACUUAUAAUGCAACAACAGCAACAGCAACCAAUGGGUCUGGAGGGCAGCAAUCCAUUUGGUAACCCAUUUGCAGGGCAAGAGGCAGGACUUCAAUCUUAUCUUAACCAUAGCCCACAGACAGGUUUUAUGUAGAUAACUUCUUGUUGUGGUUGCAGGAGUAUUUUUGUGUCAGGACCUAAAGUAAAGAGGUUGAGAAUUUAUUUGAAUUCCAGAAAUGUAGAUAGAGGUAGACAAUUUAUUAAAUUAGUUUAAUUACACAUUGACUUUUCUACCAUUGUUUUGUAGUGGUUAUCAUGUUCUCAUAUGUUUUUUGCAGUACAUUUUUCAUAGCUCCAUGACUAUUUUGUCUGAGAGAACUUUCUCUGA